GUAUUCAAAAAUUCCUGAGAUCAUCCUUAUGAUUUACCAGUGAAGAAUUUAAUAUCAGAUGUUAAAAUGGAUACAUCAAACAAUGUAGCAUGCGAUGGGAAAACUUUGAGGGUACUCAGAACUAUGGACUGACAAAUGAAGAGUAUGUUCCAGCAACCGUUGUUAACAGUUACUGCUUUGACUUGCAUCAUAAUGUUUGCUAAUAUGUUUGGAAUGUUUGGUUUGGGACUCUGGCCUCCAGAAAUCUUCGUGCGCUUUGACCAAUUCAAAAAACUAUAUCCCAAUGCCACUCCAUCCAUAUCGGAAUAUUUCAACUUUAGUCCAAUCAAAAAACGUUACUUGCGAAGCUACCUUUGAUGCCUCAGUAAUUUAUAACACUGUUGUGAUAGCUACUAGUUCAUUGGUGUUUAAUUUGAUUUGUGCUAUCCUAGCAACUAAGGUACAUUUUAAAGUUGUUCCACUAGUAACGAUGUUAAUUGGCGGUGCUGCUAGUGCCAGCAUAUACUUUUCAAGUAGCUCCCUUCAGAAUUUAGUUGUAGCUAGUUUAUUCUAAGCUAGUAUGAUUACUGCCAAUAUGACAAUCGGUAGUAUAGCUGUUGAGCUGUUUCCUACCAAAGUUGUUGGCAUAGCCUUGAGUUUAAUUAUGUGUUCAGGACGUUUUGGAGCUGUGGCCAGUAGCUUUUUGUUCGGUUAUUAUAUGGACACCCAGUGCGAAAUACCAAUUUUCGUAGUAGGAGCUGUAGUACUUCUAGGAGGUUUCUUAUGUUUCUUAGUACCAAAACCAAGUAAGGAAGCACCAGCAAGUUUCCGUAUGUCGCAUGAUAUUGAAGUGGCAGUAAUUUCAGCGUAUACGACGUGAAACUGAGAUGAACUUUUGUGCAUAUUUAAAAAUAUGUCUGUGUUUAUGUGUUACUAGUGUUGUAGUUUUAUUUAUUUUUAUAAAUAACAAAAAUAGAACUCGUAAGAAAAUAUUGUGUGAAGGUUUUAUAUGAUAUAAAUCAGCAUCGGAUUCGGAUUUAAAUAAUUGGAAUUGUUGCCAUUUUUCUAGUCUUUAAAAGCACUUUCGAAACUAUCGAAAGACUAGAAUUGAUAAAGAAGCUCUCAUAAUAAUGGAUUAAACUGCUAAACAAACAAUAUUUAACAGCUGCUAUUUUAUUUACUUAUACUCACAUGCGCUUAUCACCCUCCCUAUUACCGUUCUAUUACAAACAAACCUGUUGCCUCCUACAAUUGAUUUUUCCGCUUGGGACAAAGCAGGAGAUAAAUUGCUUGUUCAAGCUUCUGAUUUCCUGUUGAAAAUUAACUGAAACUGGAACUUCGGAAAACUUUGGAAGCGAAGCUGUAGCUAGAAAAGGAGUUUUCGUCAAACGUCAGCUUCGGCACAUGCAAUGGAGUUUCUAAUAAUAGUGCAGUUUCCAUUUGCUGGAAAAGUUACAGCUACAUACCCAACACUAUCAACUGCCAGGAAAACCCUUUUCUUUGAGGAGUUUCCAUGAUAAAGAUUUCUAGUAGCAGGAUUAGAGGACAUUUAUAAGAACUAUUAACUGCCUUGUGGAUAUCAAAAAUGCCCGAAAGUCCUAAAUAUUUCCUGGCAAAGGGCGAACACAAAGAAUGUUUAGCGAUCUUGAAACAUAUGUAUUCUAAGAACACCGGAGAUCAUCCAGAUGAUUCUCCAGUAAAGAGUUUAAUAUGAGAUGUUAAAAUGGAUACAUCUAACAAUGUAGCAUGCGAUGGGAAAACUUUGAGGAAACUUAGAACCAUGGGAGGACAAAUGAAGAGCAGUGGCGUGUUUACCAUACAUUUUCAAAAAGAAAUAUAUGAAACUUGUGAAUGGCUGACUAGUUCUGAAAUUAUGAGUCUCUCCUGUCCUGUACUUUCACCAUCUUUCCCCACAGCUUCCCCGUCUGUUAAAGUCUGGACACGCCACUGAUGAAGAGUAUGUUCCUGCAACCGUUGUUAACAGUAACUGCUUUGACUUACAUCAUAAUGUUUGCUAAUAUGUUUGGGUAAGUGAAAUCUCAAUUAUUUUAGCCUUCAUUGAAAUUUACCUUUCAUAUUCUAGAAUGUUUGGUUUAGGACUCUGCGUUCAAGAAGCACCAGCAAGAUUCUGUAUGACGCAUGAUAUUGAAGUGGCAGUAAUUUCAGCGUACGACGCGAAACUGAGAUGAUCUUUUAUGAAUAUUUAAUAAUAUGUCUGUGUUUAUGUGUUACUAGUGUUGUAGUUUUAUUUAUUUUUAUAAAUAAUAGAAAUUUUACUUGUAGGAAAAUGUUGUAUGAGGAUUUUAUAUAAAAUAAACUAGGAUCGAAUUCCGAUUUAAAUAAAUGGGAAACAAGUCAUUGUAUUGUUGUCAUAUCUCUGGUCUUUGAAAGUCCUACUUUCGAAACUAUCAAAACACUAGAAUUGAUGAAGAAGCUUUCAUAAUAAUGAAUUAAACUGCUGAAUAAACAAUAUUUACCAUCUGCUAUUUUAUAUACUUAUACUUACAUGCGCUUAUCACCCUCCAUAUUGCCAACAAACAGC